AUGAUGGAGGACGUGGUGCGUUGUCCGCGCGCGGGAUGCAGUGGCACCUGCUUGGCUGACGACGAGUACUUGGCUCGCUGCCCCGUUUGCCGGCACGCCUUCUGUCCACAGUGUCUGCGGCUAUACCACCGUGGAACUGAGUGCAAACAGGCGGCCACCGCGGAUGCUGGUGAGAGUGAAGACGAAGAAGAAGAGGAAGACGACGGCGAUGGCAAAGGUGAGUCCUUUGCCGACAUGGUUUGGCAUAAGUGCCAGUGGAAUUGGGUGUUGCGGUGGUGUGUAAUGCGUGACGCCGCACUUGGAGGUGGUGGUGUGUCCUCGUUUGCGAUUUGGUGGAUGGAAGAAGGCCAAGUUGAGGAGAUAGUGGAUGGUUUGUUUGUCAAGACAAUGCGUUGCACAGCUCUUGGAUUUGGUAAACGCGGUUGUGAAGGUGAUUUGCACGUUGUUGUUGCUUUAGAGGACAACGGCGCAAUCUUGUGGCGGAUAGCCCACGAACCGGAUCCCGCGAAACGUAGGCUGCUCUUAGAGCGACAGUUGCAGUUGGCGGGCUCAAAUAUGGCCGACGAUCUCGUUGCAAUGAAGUUCCGCUCUCAGAACUUCCAUCGCUGUCCGACUUGCAGGCUAUUUGUUGACGUGAGUGUUUUUUGA